UCCUCUUCUCCGACAUCGUCGGUGGCAAUGGCAACACAGUGCUCUUCCUCCUUUUUACUUCCUCUAUUUCUCUUUCUCCCUUUUCCCAUGGCGUGAUCUUCAAUUAGGCAGCAUCGCCUUCAUGGUGCAAGGAAUGUGGCAUGAGGGGACUCGGAUCUAUAUUUGCUCACUGUCGCGAACCCAGAUCUGUGUUCUAACACUUCACUUUCCCUCAAAUAUGAGGCAUUAUCCCCAAUCUCCUCAGUAAGCCGUCUAUCUCUAGGUUCCCUUUCUUUUAUUUUGUAUUUUGAAAUGGAGGGGUUCUUUGGAUCUUGUUGAUCGGGAGGAUUGAGUCUAGUGAUGACACAGCAGAGGACGGAAGUUUAGGUUUGAAUAGUGGAGGGAGGGUGAUGGUAGAGUAGAGAAGGGACGGCGAUGACAUGAGCUGAAGAGUGUUGGUUUUUGGAAGGGAUUUUAUCUUUCUCACCUAUAGAUUUAGGUUUUAGGAGCCAAGUUGGUGCUUAUCUUAGAACCCAAGUUCUCCAAUGAACCCACUGAUUUGGAUAUAUUUUUAUGGGGCUGCAAAUUAUGUCUUAACCGAAAUUGGAGAUUGAGUUUCCUUAAAGGUCUUCUUUUCUUGUACUUUUUUGUGAAUGAAUUCGUGAUUUUUAAUCAAAUUUCAAAAUUGAGUUUCCUGGCUCUUCAAUGAACCCAUAGAUUUGGAUUUUAAGUUUCAUUACAAACCCGAAAACCUUUGCUAGAGACGAAGCGCUCAGCAUCGGAGAUGGAUGGGUUGAGAAGAGGAGUUGAGUUGAGCCUGAUAGUUUUCCCCUUUUUUAAUCGUAAGUUUUUUUUUUUUUUUUUUUUUUUUUUUUUUUUUUUUUUUUUUUUCUGUUUAAGUUUAAUUGGACUUAAACAUAAUUAAUGCUUUAAAUUUUAAAUUAAUUACUUUAAUUUGUGAAUUAAUAGGGGUUACUAUUUAGUGUUUUUCCGAGCAGUGGUAACGGGUUUUCCUCUUAGGUUUCUCUUUGACAGAGGGGUUUCUUCAUCCCUCUUUUCUUCUUAUCCCUCCCCCUCCUCUUGAUCUCCUCUUUCAUCUUGUAGCUAUCUUGCUUUGCAAACUCCAAUCCAAGGAACUGUAAUGACUUUUUGGGUUUUUUAGGGUUUAUACUAAUAGACUUAUUUAGUCUAUAUAAUGAUUGUAAAUUCAAUCUUUGGUUAUGGAUAGUUUUUUUUCCUUAAUUGUCUACGUCUACAUCCAUUAUA